AUGUUCGCACCUUUAGAGAGCCGUAUAGGACAUCGAGGACAACCAAUCGCCGUAAGAUCAGUACUAGGAUGGUCGGUUUACGGACCUAUCAGCUCCGGUUCUCAACACGGUGGCAGAGUUAACGUUCACUCUUGUAACUGUAACGCAGAUUUUGUACUUACAGAUCUAGUGCGCCAACAGUUCGUACUCGAAGAAAACAUAACGUUUCACGGCACACUCCCCCGAUCAAAAGAAGAUACCCGCGCUCUUGAAAUCCUCGAUCGAACGACCACUUUCAAAAAUGGAAGGUACGAAACAGGACUUCUUUGGAAGAAAGAAGAAAUACACUUCCCAGACAGCCGGCAAAUGGCGAUGAGUCGCCUGAAAGGAUUUGAAGACAAGCUGACGAAAAAUCCAGAACUCCGAUCUAAUGUCCACGAGCAGAUCAAAGAAUAUAUACGCAAGGGCUAUGCACACAAGACAACGGAACUUGAGCUAACGGAAGUGCCAUCCGAACGUGUGUGGUAUUUGCCACUGAAUAUUGUUAGCAACGCGAAAAAACCCAACAAAAAGAGGUUGAUUUGGGAUGCAGCAGCGAUAGCUAAUGGAGUUUCAUUGAAUUCAGUACUGCUUAAGGGCCCAGAUCUCCUUGUCAAUUUACCGUCUGUAAUCUACAAAUUUAGAGAAAAGAUCGUGGGCUUUGGAGGCGACGUGAAAGAAAUGUUUCACCAGGUGCGCAUUAGGUCAGAGGACAAACAUGCUCAGCGCUUUCUAUUCCGGUUCGAUCCUGAACACCCACCUGAUGUUUACACGAUGGAUGUUAUGAUUUUUGGGGCCGCCUGCUCACCAUGUUCUGCUUUAUAUGUAAUGCAACUGAACGCCGACAACUGUCAAAAAUAUUACCCUGAGGCAACAAAAGCUAUCAAGAGCAAUACUUACAUGGACGACUAUUUUGAUAGCGCGGACAUGCCGGAAGAAGCCGCUAACAGAGCAAUGCAAGUCAAAUUAGCUCUUGAGCAAGGUGGCUUCGAAAUGAAAAAUUGGGUGAGUAAUAACAAAUGUGUUCUAUCAAAGUUGGGUGAAAAAAUUACCCCGGAAAUAGUUCCCCUUCCGAAUGAUGAAGCAGGCCAUUCUGAGCGCGUGUUGGGUAUAACGUGGGACCCAGUAAAAGACAGAUUUUCUUUCCCCAUCCAAUUCUCCGGGGAACUGACUCGAUAUAUCGAGACCAGCGAGAGGCCCACUAAAAGAACAGCCCUUCGUUGCUUGAUGAGCCUUUUUGACCCUCUGGGUUUACUGUCCCCUUAUAUGAUACACGGAAAAAUAAUCAUGCAAGAUCUCUGGCGAAGCGGUGUUCAGUGGGAUGAACAAAUGCGCGAUGCAGAAUUUGAGAAAUGGACUCGGUGGACUCGUUUACUUAAAAAGGUGGACGAACUUACAAUUCCACGUCACUAUUUUGGUGGAAUCGCAGUCAACGACACCAUUCAACUGCAUAUUUUCACGGACGCCAGUGAGUAUGGCUACGGAUGUGCAGCUUAUUUCCGGAUUUCCAAUGGAGCUCGUGUCGUCGUAAAUCUAGUGCGCGGAGUUUCGAAAGUAGCUCCAUUAAAACAUCUAUCUAUCCCUCGAAUGGAACUCCAGGCAGCAGUAUGCGGUGCUCGAUUGAUGUCCAACGUUUGCGAUGGACAUUCGAUCGAGAUAAAAGAAAGGUUCAUCUGGACGGACUCAACCACUGUGCUUAGCUGGAUAAAAGCAGAUCAACGAAAGUAUAAACAGUUUGUUGCUGUGCGUAUCGGUCUGAUACUAUCGCUUUCCGAACCGGAAAAUUGGCGUUGGGUACCGACCAAAGAAAAUAUAGCCGAUUGCCUGACUAAAUGGGGAAAAGAUACAGAACCUGAAUCGAACGGACGUUGGUUUAUGGGACCUUCAUUCUUGUACGAGAAUCCGGAGAUUUGGCCGAAACAACGAUGUCAUCGAGAAGAUCCAACAGAAGAACGAAAGGUCCAUGUUCUUCUACAUCUUCCGCAAUUUUCCUCGCCCUUGAUAGACCCCUCUAGAAUCUCUAAAUGGAAUGUUCUAGUGCGAACCAUAGCAACUGUGCUCCGAUUUAUAUCAAAUUGUCAACGAAGAGUUAAAGGAUCGAAUCCGUGCUGA